AAGCGCGUGCAGCCGCCGCAUCUUUCACUCCGAUCACCUGUUGACUGGAGCGUAAACUUAACCCAACACACCAGGCUGAAAUCGGAUCGGAUCUCGUACAGAUGUGCAUUGGAGCAACAUCUGCACACUGAACUCUGAGACACCGAGCAAAGUUUUUCACAAGUUUAUUAAUCGAGGGAGGCGCGAGCAACUUUUGCCAAGUCGUAAGUGACAUCUCGAGGACAUGCACGUCAUUUACAGUUUACGCGCAAUGUUUUUUGGAGAUGUUUAGGAAUUGGAAAGCCAAGUGUCCUCCGUGCACGGUCACCUAAAGUGCAUUUUAUGUGAUUUACGCGUGAGAUGGUUCGUUACAACCUCCCAGGCUGGGGAGAAAUAACCUAAAAAACACUGCGACGCGCGUUUUCGCCCCAUGAUGAAAGUAGUGAGCGUGGUUCUUGCGCUGGCCGCGUUGUGGAGGAUGAGUGCUGGGAGCAGGAGACACUGUCCCGACCUCACCGUGGAGAGCUGUGAGUGUGCAGCAGAGCGCUCUGGGGCGCUGAACCGGCGCAGCGCGCGCGUCACGGUGGCUUGUGAUGAUGCGGAUCUGACGGACACGCUCGAGCCUCGCGCGCUGCUCACCACCACCACCUCACUGAUCCUCAGCAAUAACAAAAUCUCAACAGUGAAAAACGCCUCUUUCUUCGGCUUACACUCUCUGGAGAGACUGGACCUGAGGAGUAAUUUGAUUAGUACAGUGGAGCCUGGCGCAUUUCGUGGAUUGGCUGUGCUGAAGAGGCUGGAUCUAUCCAACAACCGCAUUGGCUGCCUUUCCGCCGAGAUAUUUCUUGACCUUGGCAAUCUCUCGAAGCUAAAUAUAUCUGGAAACAUCUUCUCCACACUGCCUGAAGGGCUGUUCAUGCACUUGAGUUCCCUGAGAGUUCUACACUUCAGUACAGAUUACCUAUAUUGUGACUGCCAGUUGGAGUGGUUGCUGCUGUGGGCCAGAGCCAGGUCCGUACGAGUGGGAAACGAGACAACGUGUGUAUACCCUUCACACCUCCAUGGCUUCCCAGUCCGUGGCCUCCAAGAACACCAGCUCACCUGCGACUCUCCUCUGGAGCUUCCUCUGCUUCAGCUGAUCCCGUCUCAGAGGCAGCUAGUGUUCCGGGGUGACCGACUCCCACUGCAGUGCACCGCAUCCUACGUGGACCCCUCCAUCACUCUGAGCUGGAGCCACAACCACUGGCCUGUGCACACACAUGAAGAGAGAGGAGUGUAUGUGGAGGACAGCAUAAUCCAUGACUGCUGCCUCAUCACCAGUGAACUAAUCCUCUCCAACGUGGAUGCUGAUGUUUCUGGUAAUUGGCAGUGUCACGUGACCAGUUCCCGUGGCAACAGCUCCAUUGGCAUGGAGAUUGUGGUUUUGGAGACGUCUGCACUGUACUGUUCUGCAGAGAGGGUGACCGGCAACAAAGGUGACUUCAGGUGGCCUAAAACCCCGGCUGGUUUAAUGGCCAUUCUCCCCUGUGCCACAGCCUCCUACAGCGCUCAUGAGAAGAGGGCGUGGCGUAGGUGUGAUAAGCAGGGCCGGUGGGCAGAGGACGACUACAAUCAGUGCCCUUACUCCCGCAAGUUCACCCGCAUGCUGCAUGAACUUACACAGAUACCAGUGAACAUCUCCAACGCUCUGCUCCUGGCCCAACAGCUCUCCUCCAUCACCAGCAAUGCAGCGAUGUUUGGAGACAUGAUGGAUGUCAUCUUUGUCACACAUCUUGUUGAGAGAAUCACACGUCUUGUGGAUCGCCUCCGAGAACUAGGGGACUACGUGUCUGACAUUGCAAGCAACAUGAUGCAGGUGGAGGAGCACAUCCUAUGGAUGGCUCAGAACGAAGCUCGAGCCUGCACGCGCAUUGUACAGUGUGUUGAGCGCAUUGCAGACCUCACCUUCAACACACACACCCAGAACAUCUCAAAGGUCUCUCCUAACAUAGCUCUGGAGGCCUUCAUGCUCAGGCCUUCGAGUGUAAUGGGUUUGUUGUGUACGGUGGUGGCUAAUCCAGGUCAGAAUACUGGCGCUGGGGUUUCUGGGGCUUUGAAAUCGCUGGAGGAAACUCUCCUCAAUUUCAGAUGUCAUACAGCCAAUGUCACAGGAUCGCCCAGUGGCCAGCUCAGUCAGAACGCAGUGGCUGUCGCCUCCAUUCAUUUACCGCUGGCUGGCUCUGCGCGCGCCUCCGCCUUGCGAUCUGUUGAUAACUCGACCUGCAGGCUGCAGCUGAUUGUAUUUCGCAAUGGAAAACUCUUCCCAUGCACGGGGAACUCGUCAAGCUUGGCAGACGACGGAAAGCGGAGGAGCGUGGCGACUCCGGUCGCUUUCGUCAAAUUAGAUGGCUGCAGUUUGGAUAGCUCCAUUCAGCCUGUCAUUAUCACCCUGAGGCACUUGGCUCUAGGUGCAGAUCCCACCGCAGCCUACUGGGAUUUCGACCUGCUGGAUGGCCACGGAGGCUGGCGGGCGGAGGGCUGCCACAUAACGGGCUCGGCGGGCAACACCACCACCAUACACUGCACACAGCAUAAAAACUUCGCUGUGCUCAUGGAUCUGAAGAAGGUGCUGUCGUUCCCUCCAUACCCGGGGGACUUCCUGCACCCGGUCGUGUAUGCCUGCACUGCUGUCAUGCUGCUCUGCCUUUUUGCUUCCAUCAUCACUUACAUAGUGCACCACAGUACAAUUCGGAUCAGCCGGAAAGGAUGGCACAUGCUCCUGAACUUCUGUUUCCACACAGCUCUGACGUUCGCUGUGUUCGCCGGAGGCAUCAACCGCAUCAAAUACCCAAUUUUCUGCCAAGCGGUUGGAGUAAUACUUCAUUACUCGUCUCUGUCCACUAUGCUAUGGCUGGGCUUCACAGCUCGGAACAUCUACAAACAGGUGAUCAAGAAACCCCCCAAGCCUCAGGAUGGAGACGUGCCUCCUCACCCACCCAGAUCCCCCAUGCUAAGGUUUUAUUUAAUCGGUGGAGGAAUUCCCUUCAUUAUCUGUGGCAUCACAGCUGCCAUCAACAUAGAAAAUUAUGGCAGCGGAGAGCAAACUCCAUACUGCUGGAUGGCAUGGGAGCCUAGUCUUGGGGCUUUCUAUGGACCUGUGGCAUUCAUCGUUUUGGUGACAUGUGUCUACUUCCUGUGCACCUUCAUCCAGCUGCGUAAACACCCAGAGAGGAAAUAUGAGCUAAAGGUGUUGUCUGAGGAGCAGCAGAGACUCUCUGCUGCUGAUGUGCCCCACUGCCACCAUCAAGGUGAACCUGGCAUGCCAGGAGGUGAUGGGACCCGCUGCCAUGCUGGCUGCCCGGGCCUGAUCAACCCAUCUUUACUUGCCAACGAGCACUCAUUCAAGGCCCAACUAAGGAGCGCUGCAUUCACACUGUUUUUGUUCUUAGCCACAUGGACAUUUGGGGCUCUGGCUGUGUCUCAGACUCAUUUCCUGGACAUGAUAUUCAGCUGUCUGUAUGGAGCCUUCUCGGUCACUCUGGGUCUUUUUGUGCUGAUUCACCACUGCGCUAAGCGUGACGAUGUCUGGCAUUGCUGGUGUGCCUGUUGCCCUGGUCACCAAGCUAAUACCUGCCAAGGGCAUGGGCAUGCCCAUGGGCGCCCUAAGGUCAAUGUUAAUGGGGAUGUACACAGGCAUGGGCAUGGACACGAUCACUGCCACUUGGACUCUCCCUGCACAGGAAAAUCCGUCCUCAGCCACACACACUCACAUGGCCUAUGUAAACUCAGUAACCUGCAGGCACAGAACCACGUGACCUGUCUGACCCCUGUGAGCCCUGUGACCCCUUGUUGCUCAGCUCUCCACACAGAGAAGCUGCUGGAAGAGCGGCCCAUCCACCUGCACAGCUGCCUGAAACCAGGCAGGACUAAAGGAAGGCAGCGGGCAUCGCCAGUUGGAGAGAGAGAGCUGGCUUUUCAUCUUCCAGCCAGUGCAGAUGCAGGCAGCGGACACAGCUCACCCACCGACAGCCUGCAUAGCACCUGUCAACGCCAGGGUCACAUCUGCCACCUGGCCCAAGACGAGCACCAGGAGUGGCACCAUGCCUGCUCUCACCAUGACACUCCAAUGUGCCAUACUGCACUUUGCCACCGGCACACAUGCUGUACCAAGGCAGAGAUUCUGCCUUCGCCCCUGUGUCACACUGAAAGCAGGGAGCCGGGAACCCUCCUCUGCGGCUGCGGGAAGAUGGCCGAGGAUGAGCUCGCAGUGCCGUGUCAUGGCCAUGUUGAGAUGCACCCUCGCAGACAGUCCUUCCCACAGUGUGUACCCAACCAGAACGGGCUUCUCAAAGGAAGUGGACACGAGGGGCACCUGUACCCAUCUGACAGCACGGGGAAUAUACGCACUGGACCCUGGAAGAAUGAAACUACUGUGUAGUUCAAGGGCUCGAUGCGCAUUCUGAAAUAACCACCUUCUCUAGGAUUUAAAAAACGAAGCAGACGUUCUAAAGAUUCAUAUGUGUUUUCGUUUUAAUAUUCUCACAAUCCUUACUUUCAGGUUUGUUUUCUUUUAUUGUUUAUUCUACAAAAACAUCACUCCAGAAUGGCUACACAGACCUGACUUGUUGGGAAAAAGGAAACAUUGUUUGACACUUGCUGCCAGAUUGGGGUCAUGCUCUAUAUCCGGAUUUUAUCUUUUACCACAAAGCUAAUUUUAUCACUACAGGAUAACAAACAUUAUCUGUGUGUGACUUUGUGUGACUGGGUUUUGCGUAUAUGCGAGUGCACUUGAAUGUAUUGUGUGUGUCCUUCUGCAAAUGCAAUCAAUUUAGUGUUUGGUGAAAAGAAAUCUUUCAUAUGAUACCGGAUUAUACUCUAAUGAGAUCUAAGUUAUUAAAUAAAAUGUUAUUGACAGUGCCCCAACCGUGCAACACAAGUGAAGUGAAAAGCACUUAGAAUAAGUUCCAAGUGUCCAAGUACAACAUGAAUACAUCACCAGCAAUUUUAACUCAUCUGUGUUUUCAUGUCACUUUAACAAUCAUGCUUACUGUAUACUGUGAACGACAGCUGAAACUUAGUACUAUACAAAACAGACAAAAAAAAUAGACCUAGUUCUGUCCGAGUUCUUUUCGGCCUCUAUAGUGUGCAAACUUAGAAGAAAAAAAAAAAACGAGACUGUCUGUUUUACUGCAGAUCUGUAUUGAUUAUACCGUUUCUAUGGUGAAUUUCUGAUCAUUGAGGUGUGUGUACAACGAUCCUAUCGUGUUACUCUCUGGUGCUAGACCAACUAACACAAUUGCAUAACCGUGGUCCAUCAAUCAGCUGGAGUGCAAACAAACUAACCAUUGCUGAGAAAUGAAACACAAAAUUCACUUAUGUACACUCACCAUCCACUUUAUUAGGAACACCUGUACACUAGCACAUUUAUGCAAUUAUCCACCAGUCAAUCAUGUGGCAGCAAUGUGAUAGAUAAAAUCAUGCAGAUACAGGUCAAGAGUAGAUCAGUUUCACACCAAACAUCAGAAUGUGAUCAAAUGUCUUGCUGGUGAGAGAGCUCAGAGGACAAUGGCCGGACUGAUUCGAGCUGACAGUAACUCAAAUCACCAUCUUUACAGCUGUGGUGCACAGGAAAGCCUCUCACAAUGCUGGUCUUUUUCCAAUCUUCAGCUGUCCAGUUUCACUGAGCCUGUACCCAAGUUGAGACUGUAGCCUUGGAUUCUUGUUCUUGUCUGACGGGAGUGGAACUCGAUGUGGUCUUCUGCAAUUGUAGUUGAUCCACAUCAAGAUCUGCGUUGUGCGCGUUAUGCCUUCUGAGAUGCUUUUCUGCUCAUCACAGUUGUACAGAGUGGUUAUUUGAGUUACAGUAGCUUUCAUGUCAUGUCAAACCAGUCUAGCCAUUCUCCUCUGACCUCGCUCUUCAAAAACGAGUUUCUGCCUGUAGAACAGCCACUCACUGGAUGAUGUUUUGUUUUUUGCACCACUCAGUGUAAACUCUCGAGGCUACGUGAAAAUCCCAGCAAUUUUUGAAAUACUCAACGACAACCGUGCUGUGGUCACAGUCACUGAGAUCACAUUUUCCUCCCAUCCUGAUGUUUGCUUUGAUCAUUACCUGAAGCUCUUGACUUAUCUGCAUCAUUUUAUGUAUUGUGCCGCUGCCACAUGAUUCGCUGAUUGGAUAAUUGCAUGAAUGAGCAGGUUUACAGGUGUUCCUAAUAAAGUAGUCAGCAAGUAUAUAAUAAGCCAUUACAGUAUUGAUUAAAAACACUGAAUCUUAUCUUUCAACCCAGUAUUUUUAAAUGUAACUUAUUUUCUGGCCAUUCUACACUGCCAUGCAGUACGUGGCCAUGUGCCAGUGGUGCUUAGUGUGCUCACACUAAAUUUGCUCAACAUUUCACAUGGACAUAAGAUCUGAAUUUCAAAAUCAGCACUUGAUUUCUGGUAUGAACCUUAUUUCUUUACAGUAUGUAAAAAGAAUAAUAUUUGGCCUGGGUGGUGACCUCUAGCAAAGCUUUGCCUCAGCCAUUUCUUCUGUUGCUGGCUGUCACUCCUGUACGCUGAUCACCAGUAGUUCAAAAUUUGGACCUAAAACAUAAAAAACCUAAAUAUGUAUGAAAUAAGUAAAACAUUUUCAAUAACUGAGGCAUCCCUUUUAUUUUAUUAUCUAUAUUUUGGCUAUUGCUCAGUAUCUGAGUUGAUAUGUUACUGAUAAGGGUUGUUUAAAUGCAUCUCUGUCACAGAUGGUUUGUGAAUGUGCAAAUACACUGUGAUAUGAGAGAGAAGGUUGUUGUGGUAUGAAUGAGUGACAAUAGUGUGCUUAUGAAACUACCCCUCACUGUUUUCCUCUCUUUUAAAUUUAAGGUCAAGCAAGUUUGAAUACUUGUUUAACUCAUUUUGCCUUUUUUAUAUAGAAAAUCCAAAAAAAAAAAAAAAAAAAAAAAAGGACAAUACAUGACAAAUUUCUCAAUUUACCCAGAUGGUUCACAGGCAAAAAAUUGCUCACAGCAGGAGUCUAACUGCUCCUCUUGAGGAAGAUGGGGUUUUAGACUCAGGAAAUUAUCAGCUAUGUUCAAGGAAAUGUUCAGUGUAAGCUACUUCACUCGAUUUUGCACAUUCUUGCAUUUCAUUAUAAAACGUGUUCUCUUGCUCGGUUUUCUAAGCUACUACUUCCCUUCAUCUUUUAACAGAAAAAUGGUUCAACAAAUAGCCAACUUGGUGUAAUGUAUGGAUCAGUCAUGUGCAAUGCAAGUAGUUCACAUCACAUUGAUUGAAAAAGAGAAAAUAGUUUUGCCCAUCCUGUGGAAACCUGGAUGCCAAAUCUGUUGUCUCCUGUUUCUUCUACUGCACCUUUGUAUUCUCUCAGCUCCUAAAUAAAACAGGAUAAACACUACGUUAUAGCCGUGGCCAUCUUUAGUAACCUUCCUCCCAUUCAUUUCAGACCCCUUCCUGACGUUAGUAGUGGAACAUUAGUAGUAGUUGGACAUCUAAAUGGCAUGUGUGUCAUUUUCCCAUCAGUGUGUCAAACUGGAAAAGAGGAAAUCUGGCAUAAAAAAAAAAGACUCACUAAGCUUUCUUCACUCAAAUCCCGAUUACUGUGGUGAGCUUCGCUCUUCAGAGACUAGCUAAACUGCUGUCUAUGCGAGUCUGUUUUGAACUAUCUGUACCAUUUUGGAGCGCAUUACCAAGACUGCUGGCAGUGUACGUAUGUGCACAAGCAUGUGUGUAUUUGGGAUUGUGUGUGUGUUUCGGAAUAUGCCAGUGAUACUGUAAGCAAAGCCAACAACCUUCAUCACCUUUUUUCUACAUUCCCCAUGGACUUCAAUAAAUGUAUUUUUUCACCACUGAAUUCAUGUGGCCCAUUUGCUUUGUGUGGCAAGGAUAUGUGUGUAUGAGUAUGUGGCUCUGUAUGUGGUCAUACUGCAUUGUGUGUUCCACUAAAUAUUAUGUCCUCUGAUAGCAGAGAAGAUGGAGAUGUCUUUAGUCAACCCAUGAGGUUUAACAAAUAGCUUAUUGCAUGAAAUGCCAUGAAAUGCCAAAAGAAUAGAUUUAAUUUAAAUUUGUACAUCCAGAUCCCAACAACUGCCAAGAACCAAAGGUUCAUCUCAUACCAAAUAAAUUAGUACAGCCAUUUCUGCCAAAGAAAACACACUGAUAACAAUAACUCUCAUAGACAGACUGUAUAUCAUCACUCUGUGUUUCUGAAGCAGUGAGCUGUGUAAUUAGCUCAUACAUAAUUAAACCAGCUAAACAGUCUGACUACUCAGAAUACGCAAGUUGAAACUGUCUUAUAAACUACAAACGCUGGAACACAAAGAAAAGGAACAGACAGUACAGAUAUAAGGGUUGAUAUACUGUAUGAAGAGUGAACCAGCACCCAAAUAAUAUCUGCUCCACAAUCUGUGUACACAACAUAAGGGCUACUGUCAGUAACUGUACACCUACAAAAUGCACACGAUUGUAGUUACAAGGUAGGUGUACCUCAAAUCUAGCAUUAGUAUAUACUAAUAUAUACUAAUCUCUAUGAUAUUUAUGUAACGUUGUUGCAAAGAAGCUGUUCAGACGACCAUAAGAAUUGGGUCUGGAAAUUUGCCUGUGAAUAUGCUGAUGGUUAAAUGUGCUGAUGGUUAAUGGUCACAGUGGUGUGGUUAUGUGUGUGCAUGCAUAGAUGUAGUUAUUAGAGUCCGUUGUCGUGUGUGUGUGUGCGUGUGUGUGCCUGCAUAGAUGUAGUUAUGGGUGUUGGGGGUGUGCGCGCGCGCGCGCGUGUGUGUGUGUGUGUGUGUGAGAGAGAGAGAGAUGUGCUGUGGAGAUUUCUGGCAGGUUUGCACACAUGCUGCAUACACUGCAAAAAAUGAUAGCAAGUGAGGAUAUCUUGAAUAAAGGAAAAGUUCUCUAAUAUUUCUCAUUUGAGAUGUUUCUUUAACAAAUGUUAUAAAAGCCUAUUUCUACACAUAUUCAUUAAUUUCAAGCUUAAAAUUGGUUUAUUCUAGUUUUGCUGCAUUUUAGACAUAAACUCUUGAAAAUAAGCGAACAUUUCUGCCAGUAGAUUAAGGCAGAAAUUAAUCAAUCAUGCUUGAAAUAUGUAAAAUUAUAUACAAAUCUUAUACAUUAUAAAUCUUAUAUAUUCUAAUAAAAGGGAAAGAUUCGUUGAAUUUGCCUAUAUGCAAGAUGUUUUUACUUGCUAUCAUUUUGCAGUGUAAUAUAAUAGAAAUAAAAAUAAAUGUUUGUUUCUCUGAUAAAUUGAACUUCACAUUUGCAUCAAGUUUCCAUCAAAGAAAACACUGUACUUUUCUUAAAAAUAAUCACAAGCAUGUCAUAAUUUUACCAUAAAACUUAAUAUUUUGGAUUUGUUUUCUUGUCUUAUAUAUUUAGCUAGAUUUUACAUUUCCUAGGCUAC